CUUUUUAUCGUUAAUUAACGAGUAAAGAUAUUAGAAAAAUAUCGAGUUAAAAAUGCAGGAGAAGGAAAUUUUAGAAGAAAAACAAGAUGAAAAAGAAAAAUAUAGAGAUGAUACUAAUGAAAGUUAUCAUUUGUCUUUUUCAGAUUUAAAUAAUUAUUUUUAUGAAAAUACUUCUAAAUCCGUCUCCGAACAGUCAUCACAAAUACGAAGAAAAAAAUCCAGAUUAAAAUAUGAGGAUUUAGCAGUCAAUAAUAAGUCUCUAUUAGACUUAAAUGAUGACUCUUACAAAGGACUUGAAAGUAAUACAUUCUUUAAUGAACUUUUUUUCGAUGAUUUAUCCUCGUUAUCGAAAAGUUCUAUAAGAGAUCAUGAAGUAGAUGAUGUUUUUGAAAUAUUUAAUACCCCUGUUCAAGAUUUUAUUCAAAAUAAUAACUCCAAUAAUCAAAAUAAUUUAAAUUUUCAGAAAAAAGAUUCAUUUUUGGAUUCUAAAAGUAAUGGACAUGAUAUUUCAAACGAUGAAAUUAUUUCUCAACUUGUUAAUAUGGGUUUUGAUUAUACUCAGGUUAUCAGAGCAAUAGAUACAACACAUGUCAAGUCAGAUAUAAAUUCUAUUAUUUCAGUACUUAUGUCACUAGAUUUAUUGGAUAAUGAAGAAACACAUAAUCCAUCAAAAAGUGGUAUAAUUGACAAAAAAGAAGAUCUAUGUUCUUUAGAUAAUUUACAUUUUUUUUCAAAAUUUUUUAAUAAAGCCAAUAAUAUUUUCAAUAGUAGAAGAAAUUGUCUUAAACCAUUAAAAAACCAUAAUAUGCAAUCAAAUAAUUAUUAUGAUUCAUCAAAACAUCAUUCAUUAUUAUCUAAUCAAAAAUUAUUCAAAGCAAUAAAAAAUUCUGAUAAAACUGUGGCUAGUGAAACAUCAACUUCAAUUAUUGAAAAAAAUAACGACCUUAUGGAUUUCUUAUCUGAUGAACCUAACUACCAACCAUCAUUAUCAUCUAUUCACACAUCUAAAUUAUUUUCAAGUGAUAUUGAAACACAAAACUAUAAAAAAAACCAUCAAAACCUUGCACAUUGUUCUAUAAAUUCUGAAGAGAGUUUACUCUUUGACCUUGUUUCCCAGGAUCUAUUUACUGAACAUUCAGACCAAUUUAAUUUGCCACCUUUAAUUAAUCAAGUAAACCUUAACAUGAAACAUGCAUCUGAUGCUUUUAAUAAUGGUAAUUAUUCAAAAGCAUUAGAGUUGUACUCAGAAUUUAUCAAAUAUUUACCGUCAAAUCAUGUUUUAAGAAUAUUAUUAUUAUCCAAUCGUUCACUUUGUUAUUUACAUAUGGAGAAACUGGAAUUAAGUCUUUUAGAUUGUGACGAGUUAUUAAAAUUAAUUGAAAAUAAAAGAGGUUUUGGAAAAAACAUUUCUUCUGAAAAAAUCAUAGAUGAUAUCUGGAAAAGGAUAAUUAUAAGACGAUCUCAAUGUUUACAACGGCUUAAAGGACUUGGAGAAGCUAAGGGUCAACAGGAAGAAGCUAUUAAUUUAAAUAUAGAUGAUUUAAUGACAUUAAAUUCUAAAAAUAAUUGUGAAAAAAUUCUUAAAUCUGAUACUCUUUUAGACGUAGAUUUUUCAGAAAAUUCAAAAAAUCAAAAUUCUAUUUCUAAACCUGAAAAAGAACCUUUUGAAAAAGUUUAUAAUCUUUUGAAAUUUGAAAAUGAAGAUAAAUCAUUAUUAUAUAAUAAAGUUGAGUCAUUUGUAAAUAAUUGGGCUGAUGGGAAGGAAAACAAUAUAAGAGCUCUAUUAUCUAGUCUUAGUAAUGUAUUAUGGGAUGAUCUAGCUUGGCAAAAUAUAAAUAUGGCAAAUUUACUUUCUAUUUCUCAAGUAAAAAAAGCAUACAUUAAGGCUAUUUCAAAAAUUCAUCCUGAUAAGUUACCAAUAACUACAUCUCUAGAGCAGAAAAUGAUUGCUUCUUCCGUUUUUAAUACCCUUAAUAAUGCAUGGAGUAUAUUCAAAACAAAAAAUAAUAUUUAA